AUGGACGCGUACCAGGAGUUUCUAGAUCCUUCCAGGAUAAGUUGUUGUAUUGGGUGUAACUUCAUAUCUCCCUCCGAUAAGCAUUUGGUUGUUGCAAAAGGCUCAUUACUUCAGAUAUUCGAGGUUAUACUUUUAAAACAGUCGACUCCAAAUAAGCCCCAAUACCAAUUGAAAUUAGUUGAGCAGUUUAAACUACAAGGAACGGUAACGGGAUUGAAACCAUUACGAACUUCUGAAUGUCCGCAUCUAGACUAUGUGAUUGUAUCAACAAAAUAUGCCAAGUUUUCAAUAAUCAAAUGGGACCAUCAAUUACACAGUAUCUCUACUGUUUCAUUACACUAUUACGAAAACUGCAUUCAGCAUUCAACAUUUGAGAAGUUGGCAAUUUCAGAUUUGAUAGUUGAACCAACCUACAGCUCAGUUUCAUGUCUUCGAUACAAGAACCUUCUCUGUUUUUUACCAUUUGAGGGAGUGGAUGAUGAGGAUGAGGAUGACUCAGAUAACGAUGAUAUUGACGAAGAUGAGAAAAAUAAUGACGUAGAGGAAAACAACAAUGGGUCGUACGAGAAGAGUGCAUUUUAUGAUUCCAGUUUUAUUAUAGACUCGAGUGUUCUUGAUUCCUCAAUUGAUACCGUUGUUGACGUGCAGUUCUUACACAAUUACCGGGAGCCAACGAUUGCUAUAUUGUCAACCAAGUCUAAUGCCUGGGCGGGAAACUUGACCAAGAACAAGGAUAACGUACAGUUUCAAGUUAUGACUUUGGAUCUUCAAUCAAAGUCUACGUUGUCUGUAUUCGAUAUUGACAAUUUGCCUUACGACAUUGAUAGGAUAAUACCGUUACCGAAACCUUUGAACGGUUGUCUAUUGAUUGGAUGUAACGAAAUUAUCCAUGUCGAUAACGGAGGUAUUGCCAAAAGGAUAUCGGUCAACUCCUUCACAUCGGUCAUCACAGCUUCGGUGAAAAGCUACCAAGAUGAAAGUGAAUUGAAUUUAAAGUUGGAAAACUGUCUUGUCAUGCCCAUACCAGAAGAUCAUCGUGUGUUGCUUGUACUAGCAACUGGCCAAUUCUACUUUUUGAAUUUCGAGCUUGAUGGUAAGUCAAUAAAGAGGAUCCAUCUUGAACUGGUAGACUCGAAAGUGUAUGAUUCUGUUAAGCUAACAUACCCUGGAGAGGUUGCUGUCUUGGAUAGGAACUUACUCUUCUUUGCUAACCAUAACGGUGACAGUCCAUUGGUAGAGGUCAAGUACACGAGCUCUUCAAAUGUAGUUGAAAAAGAGGAAAAAGAAGAACAACAAGAAGAAGAUUCAGACGAAGAUGAUCUAUACAAAGAGGACGAAGAGGAAGAAGGGCAAAAAAUAAUGAGAAAUUCACAUAUUGAAUUUAAAUCACAUGACACGCUUGUAAAUAACAGUCCCGUGUCCUCAUUCACUCUUGGAUUAUGCUCAAAAGAAAAAUACAAAUCAAACUUACCGAAUCCAAAUUACAAUGAAGUCUCAAUCAUUAGCAACUCUGGCUCUCACGAUCAAUCCACGCUCAAUGUCAUUGCCCCCACCAUUCAGCCUCAGAUAUCCUCGUCGUUGACGUUCUCCCAAGUCAAUCGUAUGUGGAAUUUGAACCAAAAGUAUUUAAUCACGUCCGACGACAAAAAUGAAAAGUCGGAAAUUUUUCAAAUCGAAAAGUCAUACAAAAGAAUGAAGUCAAAGGAUUUCGUCAACAAUGAGACGACAAUCAAUGUUCACGAAUUGAACAACGGUAAAUACAUUUUGCAAAUUACACCAAAACAAAUCAUUCUAUUUGAUACUAAAUUCAAAAAAAGACUAUCCCUUACAGAUGAAAUUAAAGAUGAUGAAAUUUUGAGUAGUACAUUGCGUGAUGAAUUGUUGAUGAUAUUCCUCGCCAGUGGUGAUGUAAUGGUUUUCUCAAUCAACACUUAUAACGAGUCGUAUUCAAAGGUUGAAAUUCCAAAGCUAUUGGAAGAUACAAUUAUCACAACCGGUUACAUUACCAGCUCUCAUUUAUUAAACGCUGUGCUGAAAAACAUAGAGCUAUUAACCAACUCGAAAAAGAGACGCCAUAGCUCAGUUCAAUCAGCAACGCCAAUCAAUCUUGAGCCACCAAAGUCAACGAAACAAAAAAUCUUUGUCUUGGUCACUGGUGACAACAGAGUUGUAGCGUUCAAUCGUCACCAUAAUGGGAGGUGUUACCAGUUGGAUAAUAUAAGCAAGUUUAGCGACGUACUUCAACUAAAUUUCUUUGAUAUUGAACAAUCGCCACCAGAUCCCUUCAUUAAGCAAAUAAUGUUGAAUGAGUUGGGAGAUAAAGACCACAGGGAAGAGUACUUGACGAUUCUAACUAUUGGUGGUGAGGUGCUAAUGUACAAGCUAUUCUAUGACGGUGAAAACUAUUUGUUCAAAAAGGAAAAAGACUUGAAAAUCACUGGUGCCCCUGAGAAUGCAUUCAAUUUGGGUACCAUGGUGGAAAGAAGAUUGGUGUAUUUCCCAAACUUGAAUGGAUACACAAGCAUUUUUGUAACAGGCGUGAUCCCUUAUCUUAUAAUCAAGUCCUGUCAUUCCAUUCCCCGAAUAUACCAGUUUUCCAAAAUUCCAGCUGUAUCUAUAUCGGCAUUUUCUGAUUCUAAAAUUAAAAACGGAUUAAUUUUUCUUGACAAUAAUCAGAAUGCUCGAAUAUGUGAGCUAUCAUUGGAUUAUAACUACGAAUUCAACUUGCCCAUACGGAGGAUCCACAUUGGUGAACUGAUCAAAUCUAUAACAUAUCACGAACAGUCUGAUACGGUUAUUAUUUCCACCUUCAAAGAAAUACCUUAUGACUGUGUUGACGAAGAAGGUAAACCGAUUGCUGGUGUCAUGAAAGACAAACCACCUGCUACAUCGUUUAAAGGAUCAAUAAAGUUGGUUUCUACUUACAAUUGGAAGGUCAUUGAUACAGUGGAGCUACAAGAUAACGAGGUUGGCAUGACUAUCAAAUCCAUGGUUCUUGAUGUAGGCUCAUCAUUGAAAAAGUUCAAGACUAAAAAAGAAUACGUUGUCAUUGGUAUAAGUAAAUUGCGAAUGGAAGAUCUCGCUGCUAACGGUUCUUUUAAGAUAUACAAUAUUAUUGAUAUCAUACCUGAACCUGGUAAACCAGAGACCAAUCACAAGUUCAAAGAAGUGUUCCAAGAAGAUACUAGAGGAGCAGUGACCAGUAUAUGUGAUUUGAGUGGUAGAUUCUUAGUUGGUCAAGGUCAAAAAGUGAUUGUUAGAGACUUGGAAGAUGAUGGAGUAGUUCCAGUGGCGUUCUUGGACACCCCUGUUUAUGUAUCAGAGGCAAAAAGCUUUGGAAACCUUUUAAUUUUGGGUGAUCCCUUGAAGAGUAUUUGGCUUGUUGGAUUCGAAGCAGACCCUUUCCGCAUGGUUAUGCUAGGGAAAGAUAGACAGCAUCUCCAUGUUGAAUGCGCCGAUUUCAUCGUCAAGGACGAAGAGAUUUUCAUUUUGGUGGCCGACGUGAACAAUGGGUUGCAUUUGAUUCAGUUCGAUCCUGAUGACCCCAAAUCGAUCAAUGGAACAAUUUUAAUCAACAAGGCAUCCUUUGAAACCAACAGCCAAACGACUUGUUUACGUUCGGUACCGAAAGGUGAAUCAGGUAAUUACCAAACUAUUGGUUCAACUAUAGAUGGCGCAUUCUUCAACGUAUUCCCUAUCAAUGAAUCGACUUACAGAAGAAUGUAUAUUGUUCAGCAACAAAUUUCAGAUAAAGAGUACCAUUAUUGUGGGUUGAAUCCAAGAUUGAAUCGGUUAGGUGGUGCUAUACGCGUCCAAGAUAAUGAGACUAAUGCUAAGCCCAUAUUGGACUACAAUUUAAUCAAGGAGUUUGCUAAAUUGAAUCUUGAUAGGCAAAAGAAUAUUGCGACAAAGAUUAAUAUCAAAGGUCUGGCUCAUGACAUUUGGAAGGAUUUAAUUGAGCUCGAAUAUUCCUUGGAAGAUUUUUAG